AUGGCUCCAGGAGAGAAGGAAAAACCAGCCAAGAGUGCCCUCCGGAAGGUUCGCACAGCCACCCUGGUAAUCAGCUUGGCCCGAGGUUGGCAGCAAUGGGCAAAUGAGAACAGCACCAAGCAAGCCCAAGAGCCUACAGGCUGGCUACCUGGAGGGACCGAGGACCCACAUCAAGUUCCUAAACCAGUGAUACAUCCCACUCCCUUCCAGAAAGACCACAGCAUCCCAAAGUCUCCAUCCCAACAGCCAGAGGAACCUGGAGACGAACAAUGCUCAGAGGACCCCUCUGAGGUCUCCCAUAUCAGAAGGAAGGAGGUGACCAAAACAGUGGUCAGCAAGGCUUAUGAGAGGGGAGGGGAUGUGAGUCUCCUCAGUCACAGGUAUGAAAGGGACGGUGACUUGCCUGAAUCUGAACAAGCAGAAGAUGCUAUCGACAGACUCCUCCACAGUCACGGCUCCCCAACGCGGAGGAGGAAGUGUGGUCACCUUGUGUCUGAGCUGACCAAAGGCUGGAAAGAGAUGGAUGAGGAUGAGCCCAAGUGGAGGAGUGACAGCAUGGACACAGAGGACAGCGGCUAUGGAGGAGAGACCGAGGAGCGGCCUGAGCAGGAAGAACAGGCGGCUGCUGCCAGAAUCAAACGUCCUUUGCCCUCCCAGGCAAAUAGAUUUACAGAGAAGCUCAGCUGCAAGGCCCAACGGAAAUACAGCCAAGUGGGCAACUUGAAAGGGAAAUGGCAACAGUGGGCGGAUGAACACACACAAUCCCAGAAGCUUAAUCCUUUCAGUGAAGAAUUUGAUUAUGAGCUGGCCAUGUCCACCCGUUUACACAAAGGAGAUGAGGGCUAUGGCCGACCCAAGGAGGGAACUCAAACUGCUGAAAGGGCCAAGCGGGCUCAGGAGCACAUCUACAGAGAAAUUAUGGACAUGUGCUUCAUCAUUCGCACAAUGGCUCGCCACAGACGAGAUGGCAAGAUCCAGGUGACUUUUGGAGAUCUCUUUGACAGAUAUGUUCGUAUUUCAGAUAAAGUAGUGGGCAUUCUCAUGCGGGCCAGGAAACAUGGACUGGUAGACUUUGAAGGAGAAAUGUUAUGGCAAGGCCGAGAUGACCAUGUUGUGAUUACUCUACUGGAGUGA